UGUCUCCUUAUAGGUGGGUCCUUCAGUCUGUCCUCUCCUCACUCCAACCUGCUCAACUCUUAUCUGGACAGUAAGGGUUGUUCACAUCACACACUGACAACAUGCUGGGGACACUCUGCACUCUCAUCACUGCUCUAACAUGUGUCAGUGGUGUGAUUGUGGUGACACAGAAGCCUUCUGUUGUGACAGUGAGGAAAGGAGAGAUGGUCACUAUGGACUGUAACCUGGGGACAGUUACUAAUAGUCCUGCUCGUUGGUAUAAACAGGUUCCAGGAGGAGUUCCUCAGUUUGUUUUGCAUUUCCACCACACUAAAAGUGCUCCUACCUAUGGUUCUGGUUUCUGGUCCUGGUUUUCCUCUCCUAAAUUCACAUCCAAUCAUCAGUCUAAAUCAGAUUACCGUUUGAUUAUUAAUAAUGUGGAGGAGUCAGACUCAGCAGUGUAUUACUGUCAGACAUGGGACAGCUCUGCUAAAGAGCACGUAUUCGGACAAGGAACCAAGCUCAUUGUCACUGAUGGAGUACUUGGUAGACCUGCUGUGACCCUGUUCCCUCCAUCUACUGAAGACCUCAAGUCCAGUAAAACAACCCUGGUGUGUCUGGCUAGUAACCUGUCUGAGAGGUCCAAGGGGUUAGUAGAUGUCAGCUGGACUUCUAACGGUCAAUCAGUGACAGAUGUUUCUACCAGCCCUGCUGAACAACAACCAGACAAAACCUUCAAGAUCAGCAGUUAUCUGACCAUUGACACUGAAGAGUGGGACAAGGACGUUCACAUGUAAAGUGUCAUUCGGGUCCACAUUCUCUGAGAAAGAGAUCAGAAAGUCUAGUUGCAGAAUGUAAAGGUCUAGUUUCAGUAUGAAUGCAAUGCAGCUGCUAUUUGGUUAGCUGUUUUUAAUAUUUUAUCAUUGCUUUGCUGUCAAAUAGGUGUUGACAGAGAAUUGACAUGGAUGAUAUGCUGAUGUCUAAGUGCAUUACUGAAUAAGAAAAAAAUAAUUAUAUUGUUAAAUGGUUUUAGCUUUGUCUUUCACAUCCCUAACUGAUGUUGCCAACAUGAAAUAAUUACAUGAUGGCUAAACCAUGAUAUUUAA